CGCAUCUGUCAAUCAUGUACAAAGCCUGGACAUUGUUGUACACAGUUCUACUACUACACAUUUCCUUGUCUAGUCAACGUAAGUGUUGCAACACAUGUACAAUAUUUGAAAUCGACUCCAUUUAUAUGGGUUCAUAUAUUUUUUAACUAAAUCGUAAGCAAACUCUGAUUAAAUUUGAUAGUCUAAAUACAAGACCCCCGGCUGGGAUUGAAGGUACGACUAAAGUAUUUCACAAGAACAAUCAAACCAUUCAAAGUUUUACUUAACAGAAUUUAAAUUUAAAAAAAAACAACAAAAAAAAAAACAAACACAAAACAAUAAAAAAAACAAAUCUGCUAUCAAAAAGUUUUGAAUUAAAAAAAAAAUGUUCCUUCAACGCCGUACUACUAAGUGAAAUGCUCGUUGAACGACACAGAGUGAUCAAGCAUUUUAUAUACGAUUCAUGCCCUGGGGCAUGUUUGUAGUGGCAUGCUGACUUAAUAGUCGCUGCCAUCGACCCCCCCUGGUGCUACCCGGCGAACAUGACCACCAUUGCGGGCAUCCUGUAUGGGCAGACAAAGGGCAUGCGUGGUAUCUGCCUGAAAUAGGUAGCAAAGACAGUGCUACCGCCAGCUGAAAUGGCGGUAGAGAAUGGGGCGGGUGUCAUGAUUACUGUUGUACCAAGGCAGCACUAACGAGCGACCGGUUGUCUGAGGUUGAGAUCCCCCCCCCCCGUCAAUCAAAUGAAAUUACGGGCCGGGGGGAGGGGGGAUGUUAUAGCCGGAAGAGACUUCAACUGUCUCUUCGCGGCUCUAUUAGUUAGGGGAUUUUGGGGAUGCUUUGGCCAGGGCAUUAAGAGCCUCUAGCUGGACGGCUCGCUGACGCCAUUUCCUAAGUUAUAAAUGUACGUCAAAUGUUUUCAGAUCCAUCAUUUUAAAUUCUUCGUUGAGUCAACAACUAUUAGAGGACUAGAGUCCAAUAGCGAAACAGAAAGCUUAUAUCAGGGGGUCCUCAAACUAAAGCGCGCGGGCCAAUAGCUUACGCUUGAAAUGUAUCUUCUUAAAUUGUUUAUGCCUAGAAAUGUAUACUUCUAAAAUGUAUAUGCCUAUAAUGUAUAGAGGUAUCAAUUUCAUAGGCCUAAAAUUUAUGGAGGUUUAAAAUGUAUAGGUUUAAAAUGUAUAGGUUUAAAAUGUAUAGGUUAAAAAUGUGUAAGCCUAAAAUGUAUAGGUUUAAAAUGUAUAGGUUUAAAAUGUAUAGGUUUAAAAUGUAUAGGUUUAAAAUGUAUAGGUUUAAAAUGUAUAGGUUUAAAAUGUAUAGGUUUAAAAUGUAUAGGUUUAAAAUGUAUAGGUUAAAAAUGUGUAAGCCUAAAAUGUAUAGGUUUAAAAUGUACAGGCCUAAAAGGUAUAGGCAUAAAAUAUAUCGCCCUAAAUAUAAUAGGCAUAAAAUGAGAAAUCCAGGUAAAAAUUUAAACGAAAUCUGAGUAAAUAUCCAUACGCGUUCAUCCGGGUAUCUCCACCCACGCACACGUAAGCUCCCUGUCCACACAUUUCGCAGUGACUCAAUACUGAGCGUGUGCUACAGGAACAGCGGCGUUGCACAGGGGUGGGGAGAGGAUCUCCGCCUCUGGCAGCUCUUGUUUCUUCAUAUUCGGGUGGCAUUUUAGGCAAACUGUACAGGGUUUUUUUUUGUGUGUGUAAUGGUGGCGGCACAAACUUUAGGUACGCCACUGACUAAAGACAAAGUCAAGAAGUAACGUGUGAUGGUUUCCCCAUUCUUUCCACAACAAAGGAUGAAAGGAAAUCUCACAAUGGAACUCUGUAUCUAUAUCUAUAUUUAUAUCUAUUCCUAUUUCUAUAAUCUAUAUCUAUAUUUAUACCUAUUCCUAUAUCUAUAUUUAUAUCCACACCUAUAUCUAUAAUCUAUAUCUCUAUCUAUAUUUAUAUCUAUUCCUAUAUCUAUAAUCUAUAUCUCCAUCUCUAUCUACAUUUACAUCAAUAUCUACAUCUAGAAAUAUAUAUACAUAUAUUUAUAUAUCUAUCUGUCUAAUCUAUCUACACAUAUCUAUCAAAUAAAAUAAUACUUAUUAUUGGCUCUUCUUAGAUCCUUAACUUCCGUGAGUGUGUUCAAAUAUCCGUAACUUGCAUUUAUUAGAUUACUCUAUAGCGCUCGCACAUACACAUUUAAACACAGACACACGGUAAGACAUAGGAACACAAACCGACACACUUUUGGUGUGUGCAACCCCCCUCCCCCUUGCAACCAGUAGGCCUUUUCUAAGCGUGCAUGUCUCAUUGGGUCUGUGCCCCCCCCCCCACCAAUUAGUAAACAGUUGGUAUUUUCUGAGCGUUUCACAGGUUAAUUCCGUUGUAAAGUAACUUGUAGAUGCGAGUUUUUUAUAUUUACAUAUUUAUAGAGCUUUACAAAAAAGACACAACUAUUAUUUUUUUGGGGUUAUUAAAAAAAAGUUCCAAAUAAAGUCAAAGAACUGUAAAUAAUGUAGGGUCAAUAACUCUUAAGUAUGUCAGAUCUUUGAGCAAAACAUUCCCUGCAAUUUAAAAAAAAAAAAAAAGUAAAUAACCCAUUUCGUGAUUCCAGAGCUCAUCUCGAGAAUUCGUCUCAUGAACAGAAAAAGCACAGUAACUGAUGGUGACAGACUUCUCCUUGAGUGUGGCAACAGCAGCUCGACGUACUUGCCGAGAUACUCCAACAACAGCUUCACGUGGUUCUUCAAUGGGCUGGCCCUGCCGAAGACGACAGGUGACAUUCUGGUGAUACCUAGGGCAACUCUAGGCCAACACAGUUUCUCGUGCGUUGAGCCCGGAAACUAUUCGGCCAGCGAUUCUAUUAACAUCACCGGUAAGUGUUGGCCUCUCACUGUCAGGGUUUCUUUCAGCUAUAUCUCGGGGGGGGGGGGGGCGGGGGGCAGGCCCCCCCCCCCCGGAGCAAAAAUAUGUCCAACAAUAAAUCAACGGGAACUGCCCCCCCCCCCAAAGAACCUGAAGUGCCCCCCCCCCCUAAAAAAAUCAGACGAACUGCCACGGGGGAAAAUUUCUGAAAGAAACACUGCUCAUAGCUCUUAUUGCUCUCAUUGCUCUUAUUGCUCCCAUUGCUCUCAUUGCUCCCAUUGCUCUCAUUAUUAUCUUAAAUGGAUUUCAGCAGUUAACACACGAUUUUAUGUUAAAAAAUGAAGCAACCUCUGAUAACAAAGUUUUUCGAACGAAUCCCUUUUAAAAUGUAAUACUAAGCAAUUUGAGGGGGGGGGGUAGGAGGGCGUUGAAAAUUUGACAAAACAUGCAUAAAAGUAACGCACCUUAUAAGAAUCCCAAUUUGUGCCCCCCACCCCCCCCACCCCACUCCAAGGCUUGCAACCACACAAUUUUGUCCCGCCCUGAACUAUAUUAGUCUUCUAAUGACCCACCCAUUUUCACAACGUAGAUUUUUUUCCCAACUAUUUCAGAAAAACAAAAGAAGAUAUUGUGCACCAAGCGCACUUGCACUAUUUGGUUUUAAAGAAUCUCAUUUAGCGCAGUUAUCGAACAGUUUAUUUCGUGUGAUCGGCGUCAUCAAAUUUCACUUCUGUUCACCUUGAAAAACAGGAAAACCCGAAUUUUUGGGGUUAGGGGUGAAAAUUUGACAGAAUGUGUUGUCACCGGCAAAGAAUAUAUGUGCAAAGUUUCAGCUCAAUAGCCGGACGGAAAGUAGGUCAAUCAGCCAUCCGAAUACUCUGCCAGUCACUCAGCCAGCCAAGAACAAAAGCGAAGUGAAUAUAAAUAAAAAAAAAAAAAAAGCAGACAUAGUUUUAGGUAAACAAGACAUAAAGUUAACAAUAAUUGUCUGCUUUGUUUAGCUGCUCUUGUUCUCAUCUCCCAGUCCUCCUCAACAUUAGCUUGUUGUGAUCAAAUUGUCUAUAAUCUUAACAAACUGAUGUAUCUGUCAACCCUUUUAAAAUAUAUCGUAUCUCUCUGUAUUUGAAAGAGCCCCAUUUUCUUUAGCCCGUCUUAUAAGCUCUGGGAAUACCCUUAUAAGGAAAUGGAAGGGACUCAAGAAUGUUGGUAUUCGCUUAUCUUAAAGCUUAUCCUAAUGCUCAUCAUGGCUGCCUCGACUCAACAACAACUCAAAAAGGAUAAAUGUCGAUUUAAUUGACCAAGUUUACACAUCACCUUAAGGGUAGUAGCUAUAUUUUUUAAAUACAUUUAUUAAUACGAUUCAAGUAAAUGCAGUAUCCAAUGAAACACAAGAUCCAUGGUUCAAAUUGACAUAUUUAACAAAUGUAAUCUCGUGCCAAAAUGGUAAUUCGGAAAAAAAAAUGUAUUUUUCUGUCAUUUUGUAAUGAAAAAAAAAAUGUGAAAAAUGCAACAUUAUCAAUUGGACUUAUUUUUUCAGUGCUACCAAAGACGCCCCUCAUAACUCCGUGUGGCAACAUAUCGCUAAACAAUGACAUAGACAUAAUGCUUGACUGCUACACAGAGAGCGCAGGGAUACUCAGCUACGUCUUUUACAAGGACAACCGGCCGCUGAGAAUUUCAAGCUCGACAACCUACACGAUCCACGGUGGCACGGCCAACGAUUCUGGAAUCUACAGAUGUGCAGUUGAAAGCCUUAGGAGCGCGUCAAAUUUGUCAGAGCCGCUAAAUCUGACUUUUCCUGGUGAGCUGACCAAAUAUUCUUCUCAUUUGAGCAUUUCCGAAAACAUUGCAAGAUGUCUCGUGGUGGGUUGAAAGCUGUCAGAGGAAUAUAUUUUUGUUGUUGUAAUUGUGAUGUUUUGCAUGCACUAGUUUCAAUUCAUUAAAACAUAGACAUUCAUCCUACUUUACAAAUAAUUUCAAGAUCCAUCAUGCAGAGGAAACGCUGCUCUAUCUUGGGAUAUGUGUAGUUAUGUCUUGACUUGCGCCGCAUUUUGUUUACAUUUCGAGAAAGUUGCUCAAUUCGUCAGCCUCACUCUCUCUCUUCCUGUCCUAUUUGAUCCAAUGGCAAGACUUAGUCAAAACAACUGGAAAUAGGCCAGCAUGCAGUAGAUGACCAGCAGUGUUUCACUGUUCUAGGUUGCACGAUUUGUCCGAAUGUUCAUUGUGUCAAUUUACUUCUCCUACGGGACUUUCAUCUCUGGGACUGAUUUCCAAGUUUGCCUUCUGUUCGGUGAAUGACCAUUUAUGUUAACGAGUUCCAUCCAUCCGGGGUGCUGGCGAUGGUUUUGCUCGUCUAUUCAUUUUCUGGGGAUAACUCCAGACCAACAGCUUGAGACUGACUCAGUUUAUAUUGCUCGGCCACCCAGCACCCAGGGAUAUGUAAGAGUUCCAGAGUCACUGAAUAUGUUUGGAAAAGGAAGCAGCAUUUGCGUUUAAUAGUAAUACGCGAAUAAGAAACUGAACCUGUCAAGUUGAUUAAACAAGAUACAUCUGUCAGUCAAAUUUCAACACUCUGGCACAGAGCAACUCAUAGUAGAGGUCCCCGGGCCCACUGAUACUGUUUGUCACGCCCUUCUACACUUUUCUCUAGAAUAUAAAAAAAAGCUACUAGAAGGUUCAACAAUAACGUCAAUCAAAACACUGAUAACCCUUGCCAGUCCCCGAAAUUAAAAAAAAGGUCUAGACGAACUGUGGUAGGACAUGCUGGAAAUUUGUUCAAUAGUAGCCUCUAAGCCAAUAUUUAGCAUACAUGACUAACCUAAUAUGAAGCGUUUGAAAGUUUGAACAAAAGGAUGUGACGCGCGCAUCAUGGAAUGUCCCACAGGAUGUUAGCUUAGAUUUAAAGUUUCUUUCUUGGUAUGCCCUAGUUUGAAUGGCGUCAGACAUUUUGUCACAAGUUGUAAAAAAAAUUUUUUUUGUGUUUAAAGAAAGCAGCGCUGGGUACAGGAAGUUUUGUCUCACGGUACACUGUGUAGCCAGAUGGUACUGGUUGGUAAACAUUUUGUUUUCAUUUGACAUGCAUCUUUUACCAUUGAUAGUUAUAUGAAACAAAGUGGGCCGGAUCCCCCCCCUCCUCCAGGAAUAUAUAUACAUAUAUAUAUAUAUAUAUAUAAAGGAAAUAGUUUGAAUUUGAAAAAAAAGUGGGGGGGGGGGGCUAGAGGAUGUGUGAAUAUAAAGUGCCCAAAACUUGUUUUUGGUUUGUCGUAACUAUAUAAAUGAGUACUUUUACUAGUCAAAAAGGUCAAUGUUAAAAAAGCACUGUAGAUAACAAAACAUUAAAAAAUAAGUAAACAUUUUGUUUUCAUUUGACAUGCAUCUUUUACCAUUGAUAGUUAUAUGAAACAAAGUGGGCCGGAUCCCCCCCCUCCUCCAGGAAUAUAUAUACAUAUAUAUAUAUAUAUAUAAAGGAAAUAGUUUGAAUUUGAAAAAAAAGUGGGGGGGGGGGGCUAGAGGAUGUGUGAAUAUCAAGUGCCCAAAACUUGUUUUUGGCUUGUCGUAACUAUAUACAUGAGUACGUUUACUAGUCAAAACGGUCAAUGUUAAAAAAGCACUGUCGAUAACAUAACAUUUAAAAAUAGUUUAGACUAGCAUUAUCAAGAUUGAAUUGUACUUUUCGUUAUAUGUUUAACAAAAUAAUAAUCAACUUUAAAAUACGCUUCGUUAAAUGAACACUAGGUAACAAAGAACUGUAAUAAAAAAAAAACCCGGUAAAACAAUUUUUAAAAAAACAACGCUACGAAAGCUGGUGAUCCCAUCCUAUUCAAUUUGAUUCUACUAUUACAUUUAAGUAAAAAUGCACAUUCAAAUAUACAGAUAUAAAAACGAUUUCAACGUACAUCACAGAAAGUGUAAAGGUUCAACCUUCGAAAGAUGCAAAUGUUAAUCUCCUCACACACACACACACAGAACAAUCUUGUAAGUGCAUUACGUCUCGUAAAUGUCAAGGGAAAACAGCAAAAAUCUCUCGGCCAGGAAAGCUACCGGCUUAUAUAUAAGGAAUAAAUUAGAACACACUUAAGAAGAAAUUUUAGAAAUUACGUCACCUGAUAACAUUCUUUAGGAGAAAUAGAGCGUAUUCGAACUAAAAACAACCUUUACCCAAUCAAGGGAGGGGUGGGUAAAAAGUAUUGGCGAUACACAUUUAAUCGGUGAAGUCAAUAUCACAACAAACAAGGGGAGAGGGAAGGUUGAAUGCCACGGCUUGUCGUGAGUACAAAUAGGUCAAACUGCAGACUGUAACUGUGGGCCACGAAAACCUCACCCGCCUCCUGGCAAUAUAGUGUCACAAGUGUAUUGUUAGUUGACUUACCCAUGAGCAACAGAAGAUUCUGGGACCAUUGCUGGUUAUCCCGGUAUCUAUGGUCCAAAUUAUCUGUGAUCCCAUUAUCUGUGGUCUCAGUACUUGCGGUCUCAGUAUCUGUGGUGCCAGUAUCUGUGUUUCAAGUAUAUGUUGUCCCAACAUCUGCAAACCAAUUAUCUUUUUUUUUUCCUCCAGGAUCUGCUUUAAAUGGUGGUUUGAAAAAAAAAAAGGUGGAUAUAACUAAUGUACUUGUCCGCUAACCUGGUUAUACAACUUCUUCGUGGCCCAUCCUGUAUGUCCCCCCUCUCCAGUGAACCAUUCCCGCAACUAUGGUUCACGCAUGCGUGAUAUAAAUAAAAUAGAAUUCAAUCACAAAUACAACCAUUCGGUAUUCCAUCUUGACACACCACACUUGUUAAUAAUUAUUUAUCCAUACACUCUCGAAACGUAUUUAACGACGUUUUUUCUUCAAGGCCUUUCAAUAAAUAUCUAAACCAGUUAUAUCAACGAUAUUUCUAAAAAAAAAUCACCAACAUUAAAAUAUAUGUACUCUUUAGGAAGUCCAAUCGCCCCCAGCAGAGAUUACAAAACUAUAUACUCUUUCCCCGGAGGAGAUUCGCCUACAGAUGGAGACCGUAUCAAGCUGGUGUGUGGAACCAGUGGCCGUGUGACCGCAAAUAACCCCUUACCUGUUUUCUCGUGGUACUUCAACGGACGGUUCAUUAAACAGACUACCAGUGAGCUCAUCAUUGAGAAUGCCGGCAUUGGUGUCGACGAGGGAACGUAUUUCUGUGUCAACCAACUGGAACCGCGUUUUGGGUACUCACUGCCUGUUAACUGUAAGUCCAGACCCGAGCAUUGGGUACUCACUGCCUGUUAAAUGUAAGUCUGGUAUUUUUCGAUCUGUUGCUAUUGUAUGUCAUUUAUUCCUUAUCCAGGGACAAUUCCUACUGGAAAUUCUAGGUCUAAUCAGGGGGGAUAUUCACGAGCUUUUUCUAUACGUUCGUAUUAUCGUGGUGAAUAACUCAGAUAUUGCGGGUCAUAAAUCCAAUGUUCUAGAUGUUGUUUAGGAAAACAAUUAAUUUUGUUUAAUUUUGUAUUAAUCUGAGAUGUUCCUUGAUUCUGUUGCCAUACUUGAUCUGACAGAGGACAGCCAAUGGGUCAUUGAGCUCUCCUGGAGUUACUCACCCCCCCCCCCCUUUCUUAAAAAAACACAAAAAAACAAAACAAAACGUAAUUAAGUUAUGACAGCGACAUGAAACUAUAAAGAUGACAUUUGUCUCCUUGAGCCACGACCUGUCGUCAGUGACAUUUUCAUCACCACGUUUGUCUGCAGUGAAGCCGAAGUCCCCGUAUCUGUCACCGUGUGGUCCAAGAAGCAUCGAACGAGGGACCGCGCUGACGCUCAGAUGCCGGUCGGAGUCAAGGACUGUUGAUUCCUACCGUUUCUACAGGAAUACUUCUACGCUCAUUCAAGAGUCAACCAAUGACGCUUAUGUCCUCAACAGCGUGAGUGCGGCUGACAAAGGCUCCUACUCAUGUGCAGCUGUGUGGAGGACUUUGGAAGCUACAUCACAAAACGAACUGAUUCUUGAUGUAGUAUGUAAGUAUUAAAACAAAAAAAAAACAAAAAAGAAAAAAAGAAAAAAAGAAAAGAAAGAAAAGGGAAAAAAAAACAGCGUCUGGCAAAUCAUUAGCCCGAGCAGCCACACUGAAGAGAAAUGAAAAAUCAAAUCAGGAAAUGACAAGAAGGGGACUCACACUUGUUUUGCUUUUAAAUUUUAUUUUUAAAUCCAUCCAUUAUUUUAUCAGCCUGCUAAGCACAAUUAUAGAGUUUUAACAAUCAUGAUUUUCAUUUAAUAUAAAAAGUUCUUGACGUUAAAAAAAUAGCUUGAAGAAUUUGUCUUCUCAUUGUUCGUCAACAUUUAGGAAGCAAUGGUUUAAAUGUUUUGCUUAUAAAAAAUAUUUUAAGGAAAAGAAAAUCUAAUUUGGCGACUCUUCUGUGGUUUAUUAGCCACGUGAGGGAACUAGAGAUAGUUAUGCCAAUACAUGGGCGCCCAGGGCCGGCCCUAACAAUUGCUGGGCCCUAUGCGAAACGGAUUGCGCGGGGCCCAGUCUGGGUAGAAAUAAGGAUAAUAAGGGAAAAUUAAGAUUUUGUUUUAGAAAAAAUAGUGCGGGGCCCACUGCAGCCGUAUAGGUUGCAGUAGCCUAAGGCCGGCCCUGUGGGCGCCCCAGAGAUAAUUAUGCCAACACAUGGGCGUCCCAGAGAUAGUUAUGCCAUUGCAUGGGCGCCCCAGAGAUAAGUAUGCCAACACAUGGGCGUCCCAGAGAUAGUUAUGCCAUUGCAUGGGCGCCCCAGAGAUAAUUAUGCCAACACAUGGGCGUCCCAGAGAUAGUUAUGCCAUUGCAUGGACGCCCCAGAGAUAGUUAUGCCAUUGCAUUGGCGGCCCAGAGAUAGUUAUGCCAAUACACUGGCGACCAUUGCAUGGGCGCCCCAGAGAUAAUUAUGCCAACACAUGGGCGUCCCAGAGAUAGUUAUGCCAUUGCAUGGACGCCCCAGAGAUAGUUAUGCCAUUGCAUGGGCGCCCCAGAGAUAAAUAUGCCAACACACGGGCGUCCCAGAGAUAGUUAUGCCAAUACAUUGGCGGACUAGAGACAGUUAUGCCAAUACAUUGGCGGACUAGAGAUAGUUAUGCCAAUACAUUGGCGGACUAGAGAUAGUUAUGCUAAUACAUUGGCGGACUAGAGAUAGCUAUGCUAAUACAUUGGCGGACUAGAGAUAAUUAUGCCAAUACAUUGGCGGACUAGAGAUAGUUAUGCCAAUACAUUGGCGGACUAGAGAUAGUUAUGCUAAUACAUUGGUGGACUAGAGAUAGCUAUGCCAAUACAUUGGCGGACUAGAGAUAGUUAUGCUAAUACAUUGGCGGACUAGAGAUAGUUAUGCCAAUGCAUUGGUGGACUAGAGAUAGUUAUGCCAAUACAUUGGCGGACUAGAGAUAGUUAUGCUAAUACAUUGGCGGACUAGAGAUAGUUAUUCUAAUACAUUGGCGGACUAGAGAUAGUUAUGCUAAUACAUUUGCGGACUAGAGAUAGUUAGUCCAAUACCUGUGCGUACCUCUCUUUUGGGUGUCAUUAAUUUGUUCCAAAUCUGUCAUUGAGUUCUAUUUGAUCAUUAUUUUGAUUAAAUGCACUUAACUAUACAUUAUGAAUACACCUUCCAUGGUUUUGCAUAUUUUUCAAUAUUAAACAAUUUCUUUUCCCGUUCUAUCAAUUCAGUUUCUGGGCCAGAAUGUUCUUUAACAUGGGACACAAUACGACCAAACUACUGGUCUGUUGGGGAUGAAAUCACUCUUAGCUUGAUCUGCACGCGAUCAUUAAGCGGUGAUUUUAAAAUUAAAAACAUCGUGUGGCCUUCGAAUGUUGAGUUUCUGCGUGUGGACUACAAUGCGACAACAGCUGGAAACUACAGACUCCACUUCAGCCUCCUGGAGUAUGUACCUAGCUCAUUUCAGGUAAGCUGGACAAGCACUAAUGGAGUGCUUGAAUACGUGAAAAAUGAUGCUUCAUUAAAGAAAAAAAAUAAAAAUAAUGUAAUUAUUAUGUCAAGAAUUUCAUAUGUUCUGCCUCACUUCUCAGUGUUUACAUUUAUCAAAGUUACCUAUACGAUCAUUUAAAAGUGUUCAAAGACAUUUAAAACAGGAAUAAUUUACCAUCUGUGCUGCAUUAGGGCAAAGGCAGGCCGACCGCUUUAGAGACAAUGUAUUGGGAAGCCUAUCUUCGUUGUCUUAGGCCGCUACCUAAAAAGAAAAUAUAAUCCUAACAAAUUGGGUAGGACAAGUUGCCCCAUAACGGCGGUAAUUGUUCAAUAAUAAGAAAUGAACAUCCCUUACGCUCAGUUCACACGAUCAUAUUUACGUCAAAUUUCUUUUUAAACGCACUGCGUUGCAAAAUAGUGCGUUUAAAAAUAAAUAUGACGAAAAUUUAACGCACAUUUGAUCGUGUCAACUGAGCAAUUAGAAAUUUCCCAUUCCUAACCUAAGUUGAAAAAAAAAGGAAAAGAAAACAUUCUAUAAAUAUUAAUGUUUUGAAUUCAUCACCAGUUCCUGGCAACGGUUUUGCUUGGAGUUUACGAGACAACGGAAGAAGUUGCAGUGCCCAUUUUCAACGCCCCAGUGUUUGACCCGUACUCCAGUUAUGACGCUGUGAUCAACGACACCUCACCAAUCGGCUACGUGUUUCUCUCUCUGACGGCCUACACCGACAACACAAAGUCAUUCAUUACGUACAGCUCAUCAUCAAGUAAUUUUUGUUGUCGUUGAAUUCGGAGUUUAAGUUUCAUGCAUUCUAUAUAUAAUACUCAAGCCCACUGUCAAAAAGCAUAGGGAGCAAGAUACUCUUAAAAUUGGUUUACUACAAAAUUUAUAUUUUAUAAAUGCGCACACUCAUUCAUCAGGGAACCACUCCGCUUGCAAACCUUCAGCGUAUGAAUACCUUUAAAACUGCUGAUUACGGGAGCUGGUAAAUAGCUUAAUUUAAUCUCAGGUUCAGAAUGACCAUCACUAAAUUAAAUGGAGAAAACAUAAAACACAUACUUAGAGCAUUGCGUGUUCGGUUUGUCGGCAGUUAACUAAAAUGUUUGGCUAGGCCAUAUUUACUACUGCCAGAACCACAGGCGUAGCUAAAGUGUUUGCACCCCGGGGACAAGAUUCAUUUUAAAGCACUUCCCUUUCUUUUUUCAACUUAUAAAACGCUUUAACUUUAUCAAAGCACAUUUUGGCGCCCCUAACUAGUCUGGCGCCCAGGGACAUCUGUCCCCCUGCCCACCACCUGCUACGCCUCUGAUUAGAACUAACUUUAUUAGCGAUUAUUUACAUAAGUUAUUUUAAACUCUAAAGUCCAGCAAAAGUCUCGUUCUGGUUAUAUUAAAAAAUAUUAAAAUUAAUUUAAAAAAAAAAAAAAAAAAUAAAUAAAUAAUUUUUUUUAAAAAUUAAAAAGAAUGUCAAAGUUAAACCUCAACAGAGAAAUGAUGGGGUCUAUGUGAAAAGAAUUGAUGUUCAUCAAGUCAUUGGCCUAAACACGGCUGAAAUAAUCCUUUAAGUACAGACUUUGUCCCUUUCGUACAAGGAUUUCCCUUUAUUACAGAUAUUGCCCCUUUAAUACACUGAUUUUUACUUUAGUACAGUGAUUGUCCCUUACAUACAGAGAUGGUUACUUAAGUACAUAUAUUGUACUUUGGUACAGAGUUGGUCCCAUGACACUGAGACAUACUUUAGAUAGGUAGUCUCCAAACAUCAACCCAAUGAAAGGUGGUCAAGUUAUUAUGUCCGGGGAAAAGUCAUAUCUUCCAUUUCACUCCACCGGUUUCACUGAAACAUUUAGCGCCGCCCCAUCCUCAAUGAAUAAGUACAAAAUAAGCUUUUCAACUCCCAACCCGAAAAGAUCAUUGUACGUAAGACAUGGUUAACCGUGUAUUUUUAAAAAUUGUUGAUUUAUUUUUUUUCUCCAAUAUUUGAUAUUUUUUUCGUCCAAACGAGUUAGGCAUUGGGGAUGUUGAUAAUCCAAUAAUUUCUAGGACCAAAAUUGAAGUUUCUUGAAUUUGACCAUCUCGGAUGAAAAAGAAAAUGAUCGACUUUAUGGCUCUAUAGCUGAAAUAGCCUGUGAACAACUGAUCUAGACAGUAGUCUGGUCUCACGACUAGGCUGUAAUUAUUUUUGGUAAGCUGAUAAUUCUGUUUUGUGAUGAAGCCAGUGUGUACUUAAAACGUCAUUGACUUGUAUGUGUUGCCAGGUCUCUUUCAGUUGAACUUGAAAGGUGGUCUAUCACUCAACCUAAAACCGAGACUUUCCAGUAUCACAGAAACCCAUUCGAUUGUGAUUACGGUAAGAUAUAAUAAAUGUGCGAAUUUUAUAGAGAAAAUAGCAUACCCUUGUAAAGUUACGCUUAAAUGUACAUUAUUUUCAUUACUGUGUAUAGAUUUUCCCAACUUUCCCUGGGGACGGGGUAUCAGGGGGUUCGAGGAAAAGGUAUUUUUAGAAAACAACGGAUACAUUAACUUUUAAGUUAUAAUAAAGAAGUUUAUACAUUUAAAACUUAUCAUCUAAAAUCAUUUACUAAAUAACAAAAUCAUUUUCUAAGGUCUAAAGCUCUCUAAAUAAUAGAAUAAAGAAAAUAAAAUUUCAUAUUUUAUAAUUCAUUUUACUUUUGUAAGGGAUAUGCGGCAUAGUCAAAUGAUUUGUAAGGGGUGAGAGACUAGUUGAAGUGAUUCGUUUGGGGUGCAGAACGUAGUAAAGGUUGAGAAACCCUGAUUUAAAAUAAAACCUUUUUUUUUUUUAAAAAUAGGCCAACGACUCUACCAGCUUAUUGGCUUCUUCUGUUAACGUGACGAUAACAAUAGUGGACGCCAAUGAACCCAUGGUUUGCGAUGAAGUGGAGGAAAGCAGCAUCUGUUCGUCUGCCACCUUUUUCAACAUGACAUUAGGCUAUUUCUACUGUAGAGACCCGGAUGUCAACCCAGCUUUCAAGAGUUUGACAUACGAAGAAAAAUCAUGUAACGAUUGUGUUCAUUUCUCUUUUGGUUGUCGUCAUGAUGGGGGUUGUUAUGGUAAACAAUAAGUUGGGCAGAGGCGUAGCGAGGUGGGGGCAGGGGGGACAGAUGUCCCCGGGCGCCAGCUAGUUAGGGGUGCCAAAAUGUGCUUUGAUAUUAUUUUAUUGAUGAAAAUAAUGUUAAUGCAGCAAACUUUUGGGCUCCCCAUUAAGGCACAUUGAUUAACCCCCCACCACCACCGUCCCGUGCCAUCAGUACUAAAGUUCACGGACCUGGCCUCUCUAUCUCUGAAAAAAAAAAUGGAUACCUCACAAUUUAAAAUUUCAUAUUCCAAAUGAAACUCUGAGAAACUUUUUGUGUACGACUCAGACACUAGGCCCAAGUUCAAUUUAAACCACUAACUCAAGGGUCCAAAAAAAAAAAGGUAAUUAUAUAUUUUUUUAAAGGCUGUAAACUUGUAACAAAUUUUACUUCCACUUUCAGACUUACCCUCGUACCCCGUGGCCGUAGAUGCUAAAGGUCGUGUCUAUGUCGUUGCACCCUUUCCCUCGGAGGACCAACUCCUGUUUUUAUCCGCCACUGUAACUGACAACUUAUUUUCGUCUGCUGCUCAUUUUAGCAUUCUUGUCAUUGGUAAGUUGCGAGACAGAACAAGACUUAACAAUUUGUUUUAACUCUAGAUCGAUGAUUUUCCUUGUUAUAACGUAUUUUCCGCUAAGGCUCUAUAAGCUGUCAGAUCUGAUACUCAUGAACACGCUGAUAGAUUAAGAUUUGUCAACUUAUUUUGGUCGAAAUUUUAUAUGUUUUUAAGCUCUGGAGGCAGCUGAUCCUAUGUAAUUAAAAUCAUAUGGCACCAAGUUUUUCGCAUGUAAUAAAAUCAACUGGCACCAAGUUGUUCGUAUUUAAUAUCAUCAACUAGCCCCAAGUUGUUCCUAUGUAAUAUCAUUAAAUAGUGCCAAGUUGUUCCUAUGUAAUAUCAUCAAUUACAAUAAAACCUCCGUUUUACGACCUUUAAAUUGCCAUAAAAACGAGGUCGUAAAUUGGACGGGUCUUAAAAAGGACAUUUUCGAAAAACGACAUUUAGAAAAUUGAGUGAACAUUUAAAUUAAUUACAAAAAAAUACAUGUACCAUUAAGUAUGGGCAAUAUCUACCAUCUUUCUUUCAGAAAUAUAGAGUAGACUCAGUCUCAUAACCAAUACAGUCACUAUCUUCCUGUUCUUCAUAAAUUCCAAAAUAAAAAAAUCAAUGCUGGUGUGAUAGUUGUUUAAAAGCGUGUGUAAGGGCUGAGUGCAUGUUUAGAGUUUUAACUAUUUUUGUAUAAGAUAAGUGCAUUAAUAGUGUUCUAAUUAUUUUUAUUCUGUCUUUGAAUAGUUGUUUUUUUUUAAAGAAAGCUCAAUUGCAUGUUCUUUCAAUAUAUCACUUUGAACACCAGACAUUGUGCCGGCAAGGUCUGAAAGGUCCCUGCUCAGGGCAAAUCUGACAAGCUUCUUGGAGUAUGUCAAGACAGUGGAGAAGUUGAUAGGUGGUUCUUCAUCUUUCUCAUUCUCAGUGUCACUGAGCUGGUUGUCUUCUUCCUAGCAGCUUAAGGGCAUCGUCUGCUGUUAGAUAUUGUAAAGAAACUGUUUUCUUCAAGCGCACAAAUAUAGCAUUGCUUUGGCAUCUGACUUGUUCAGGUGCUAGGUCGUAAAAUUGAAAUAUUUAAAGGUUGCAAGUCGCGUUUGAGAGGGAGUCGUUUAGUAGAGGUCGUUUGUAUAGUACAAAGCAUCGGUGGAAUUUUGUUUCCGUUCGAAUGUUGGAGGAGUCGUUUAAGAGAGGGUCUAAAAACAGAGGUUUUACUGUGCUACCAAGCUGUUCCUAUGUAAUAUCAUCAACUAGUUCUGAUCUGUUCCUAUGUAAUAUCAUCAAAUACUGCUAAGCUGUUCCUAUGUAAUACUAUCAAAUACUGCCAUGCUGCUCCAAUGGUAUAUGAUUCAAUACGGACAAGCUCUUCCUAUGUAAUAGCAUCAAAUACUUCGCUAAUCUGGUUGCUAGAAAGUUUGUUAUUUAAUGAAUAGUUCAUCAUUACAAGUUCAUACAAUUUGACUAAAGAGCUAGCAUUCUUAUAGAUCUUAAUAAAUGUUAAGAAAUUUUUAUAAAAAAAACCUGGUGAAUUGACAGUGUAUCUCAACACCUUCUUAAAAAAAUACCCCCAGCCUAUGUCUCAAAAGUCACUACCAAAUGCUGGCACAGCCACCAAAUUGGCCAGGUUUAUUCGAUACUGCGCUGCAUGCUAUUUUCCUCUACGCUAGAAAUCACGGAAAACUAAAUGUUUGAUAAAGUAUUAACUCCACGCGUUUUUGCGCUUACCCAUGAACAAUAUCAUACGCUGAUAAAUGCAAUGAUGCCCAGCUUAUGCACUGCUUGUGUAUGUCCUUCCCCCCCCCCCAUUGUGGUGUGCGCCCUCAUUGUUAUGGUGUUACUGAUGGGUAGCAAUUGACUGAUUGCUGAGUUACUCCGUUGUCUCUUUGUACCCAUAGUUGCACACAUUUAUUAGAAGAUGAAUUAAUUUAUGCCUGCAUUGCUUCUCUCGUCAGGUCAAUGUUGCCCAGAUAUAGCCAGUACUGACCGAAAAUCCAAUAAGAUUGGAACAUUUGUUCACCAGAAGUGCCCUGCUGGUUUUACAGGUAGUAAAAUAUUUUGUGUCUAUCUGCCAUGAAACAUAUUCAUUGAAAUGAUAUUAACAGUUCCAUUUUGUAUAUUUUAACUUUUAAAUUCGAUUAUCCAAUUAAAUUUAAUAUUCAAAUUAAACAUAUCCAUUGACACUGCUAAACUGCUGAAACUGAUUAUCAAUAUGUAAUUGUAACAUAAUGAAUCACAGCUGAUGUACAAAAUGUAAUAUGUUAAGACAGUGAUAUUCAGAUCAUAGGGACUUCGUGAUUUAUUAAUAGGAGCUUAACAAUUUAACAUUAUUUACAAAGGGAAAAAAAAUGUAAAACGAACAAAAAGAAAUAAUUCUAUGAAAACGUUAACUGAAAAAAGAAACACACACACCACAUUAACACGUUUGGAAUAUGUUCCAUGGUUUACCCUCUUCUUCAGAUGUGUUAUGUAACACAUGUGUACUGUAACACGUGCUCAACAAAAUAAAACAUACAUUAUUAAAAAUGCGCUUUUAAAAGGAAAAAAAAAUGAAUUUUAAUACAUAAAAUCAAAAUUGUGAAAUGAUCACAGGAGAAACGAAGAGAUACUGCAACAACCAGUCUGUUUGGUGCCCUGCAACCUAUGACGGAUGUCUUCGGUCAAGUCUGCCAGAUGUAGUAUUUCUAAUGAUAUUUUUGUAGUUAUUUUUUAUGGAAACAAUAGGCCAGUAACACUAAAUUAGAAUUACUGAAAAUUUCCAAUCAAAAAUGUUGGCUAACGAAUAUUUAAGACGUAGUUUAAAAAAAAAAAAAAAAAAAGCAUUUCUGUUAUGUAGUCAUGUAAAGGAGAGUUUCUGUGAAAGUAACAGAGCAGAGAAUGUGUCAAGUUUAUGCUCCCCUUAAAAUGAACAUUUAUGUAAUAUUUGUCUAAAAAACAUAAUUUAUUGUAUUGUUACAGACGCAAUUCAAAUUAAACUUUUCUUGGACAUGUAAGUAAUCCAUAGACAUAUAAGUAAUUCACCGAACUUUAUUUUAUUCAUGGAUCUAUUGGCAAUUCCUGGACAUAUAAGAAUUCGAAGGUACUGUUAUUUAUUUUUAUAUAUGGAAGUAACUCAUGGUCAUAUAAGUAAGUAAUGGAAAUAUUAGUUGUUCGUGGCACUGUAAUUAAUUCAAAGACAUGUGAAGUGAGUAAUGAACAUAUGGUUUAUAGAACAUUAAACAAUUCUACAAAGUGUAAGUAAUUCAUUGUUAUGUAAGAAAUUCAUGAAACUUUAAGUAAUUUUUGAAAAUUUUGCGUUAAUUUUAACCUUAAGAGAUAACAUGAAAGUUAAACAUCAUUAAUAAAUUAUUUUUUAAAUGAGUUUUUAACAAUUUUUAAAUAUUUGUUAAUAUUAGAUUUUCAUUAGCUUGUAUAAUAAAUAUAUGGUGCUUUUAAAUAUAAUCAAGAAAUCCGGUAUAAAAUUGAAAUCAACCCAAGGUGCCUGAGAAAUCAACACUGAUUAAAUUAUAACACACACAUCUCUCCACCACAUGCACAACCGAUAUUACAUGCAAUAAAUUACUAAAACAGAAUAUGCAGUCUAUUAAUAGUGUAAACUUUGUGUUAUAAAUACAUAUACAGUGAGUGUUAUUGGAUCAGAAACUAAACAGAGAUUCGAUGAACACCCUACGGUCGUGCCUAGUGACAUUCAGAGAGUCCUUGACCUCUUUAGCUACGCUGCUGAGGUGGUCCUGAAUGAGACACUCAGGGUGGCUUAUGGAACAUUUCAAGUUAGUUAUUUAAGACUGAAUGAGACAGCGCGUUGUAUGGAAUUAUGGGAGAAUGGUUGUAAAUGAAACAGUAUGACUGGCGUAUACAUCUUUGUCAUUUUAUUUAACAACAUUUUACAUUUGAAACAUAUGUUUUGAUUUUAGGAAUUUCCUCAAUUAAAUUGAUACUGCUUUAAACAAAAAAAAAACAACAAAAAAAAACGAAAACCAGUAAGAUGAAUUUAUUAAUGUUCAAAGCAUCAAAAUGAUUUUUUUAAAGAUUCUAUAUAUUGUAUACAAUUACCAGCCAACGUACCUCAAUCAAUCAUUAUUUCAGAAUUACAUCUCUGUAGCUAAUCACCUGCUAACACAAGGGAACGAGAGCUGGGGAGACGUUGAAGUCCAAGAAAGUGCGGUGGACGAGCAUUGCUCAGUGGUCAAAUCGGCUAAAACUUACUCCGGACAAGGAGGAGUCGAUAUUCUUGUUGUACUUGAUUUGCUCGCCAAGAGCAGCGUGGGAAACCAGAGUGGACUCUUCAACAGCACGACGGUGGUGGUGUGGGAAAAUAUAGGUGACUAUGUUAAGCACAUUUCAUGACAAGUCACUGUACGUUCGAAAGCAGUUAAGUAUGAACAUAAAAAUUAAAUUUAGAAAAAAAACAACAUUUUAAACAAUAAAUUACUUAGCAGUUGAAAGUAAAUCCAUGCGGUAGAAGUCGCUGGGUGGAGGGGGAGGGGGGGGGCUCAUGUAUCGUAGCUAGCAUAUAUCAGACGUGUGAACUAAGGGCAAUAAUUAGGAUAUAAAACAUUUCCUUUGUCAUGCGCACUGUAAAUCAAUUGUUAAGUCGUAUUCGUGUGGCUUGAUCAUUAAAAUGCUAUAAUUGAUUGAAACUGGUAAAAUACAUGAACUAUUUUGUUUUUGAAUCAAAUUAGUUUAUUUAUUUGAUAUAUAUUUUUUGUAGUCAAUUCUGCUCCUAAAUUUCAGUAGAGUCCAUUAAUUGUAGAGAUCUGAAACUUGGAACAUAAGUUUUAAGUUUACUCUUUUCGUGUAUUGUGUUUAUAAAGGUUUGAGGAUUGUCUAUUUACCUAUUCCACAAUAUACAUGAACUUUAAAAAAAAAAGUGAUUUUCCCGUCCUAUUUCUUGGUCAUUCAAUGGGUUGAGUAUUAAGACAAUACAGUUGAAAUUCUGGGAUGAUUGUUUACCUUAGUUUCCAGUUAAUGCAUAUUGGCUGUGUUGCUCAGGGUUGAAAUGGCUAGAAAGACUUUGCCAUUGUAUGCUUGUAAUUAGUUUUUGUAGUGUUGCGUUUGUUUUAAAUGUGGUAAAUUAUAGAUAUGUUUUUUGUUGACUUUGUACCGCGCUUCGAGCCUUUGGGGAUGAAGCGUGUUUUUGAAAUGAACUUUAUUAUUAUUAUUAUUAUUAUUAAAUGAGCAUAUCAAACAAGUUAAACCUACUCCUUUCAGGCCUAUUGUUUUACGAGUGUGUCAAUACGUUUUCAGAUUGAUGUGGAUAAAGCAUAUUUAAAAUAAAUAAAAUAAUGAAGGGUUUUUAAAGAUGAAAUAAUGAUAUUACAUAGAUGCACUUCAUAAAAGAAAUCUACAUUGAUGAAUGAAUAUUAUUUUAAAAUAUUUUUUUUUCUGAUAAUGACAUGAUCUGACAGCCGUUCAGUGUGACACCACUGCCGAAGACAUCUACUUCCCUGAUCUGAACAAUCAAGAUUAUCAUAAUUAUGAGGCUUGGGUCUUAAAGUCUAACACAACGCUCUACCUGUCACACAAAGCUUUCAAGAAACGAGAUGUCAAUGGUAAACUGUCAUUCAGUUUAAUGUAAAUUAUCAAUAACAUAUAUUAUUAUCUAAUAUUCACUGUAACCAGGUCACUACUUCAGUAGCAUGUUGUUUUUUUUUUGUCUCCUUCAAUAAUCCCUGGAGCAAGGCCUUUAGACUAAAAGGUAAAACAGUUAGAACAAGCAAAAAAAAAAAAAAAAAAAAAAAAUAAAAUUAAAAAAAAAAAAAAAAAAAAAAAAAAAAAAAAAAAAAAAAAAAAUAAAAAAAAGAAAAAAAGGCCACUACUGGAAAACAGUUAAACAAGUAUGCGAUCCUGAAAUCAACAUUUAACAAGUGUUUCUGUUGACAUGGCUGCACGUCAGGAAGCGUUGUACGCCAGCGCAUCUUAAGUAUACACUUCAAUGUGCCUUUAUGGACAUUGACCGAUGCUCCUUUGACUUGACCCAAGCGUUGGUUUUACUUGGUAUUUGCAGGCAGUGUCAAGUAUUGCGCAGUUCUGUACAGGGCGAUUGUGGAUAAAUUCAGUGUCAAUGCUUCGCUACAAGAAAAGUAAGAGCUGUCCUCUUGGUUCAUAGUGUUUUGUUAGUGGCUCACUGUAUGUUAGAAAUCAAAACUGUAACAGUGUCCGUACGGCUGGAUGAUGAAAAUGAAACUACAAUUAAUGAGAGUACAGUUAAUGCAAGUGCAGUUAAUGAAAGUGCAGUUAAUGAAAGUGCAGUUAAUGAAAGUACAACUAACGAAAGUAUAGUUAUCUAGCGAGACACAUGUGUCCAUUGUCUGUUAAGGGCACUAGCGAAAGUGCAGUUAAUGAAAGUGCAGUUAAUGAAAGUGCAGUUAAUGAAAGUGCAGUUAAUGAAAGUGCAGUUAAUGAAAGUGCAGUUAAUGAAAGUGCAGUUAAUGAAAGUACAACUAACGAAAGUGCAGUUAACGAAAGUGCAGUUAAUGAAGUGCAGUUAAUGAAAGUAAAACUAACGAAAGUAUAGCUACCUAGCGAGACACAUGAAAAUUAACCGAAAGACGUCAAAAUAACGCUUAGUGUCAAAAUGUGUAAUGUUAUUUUCAGGCAUGAGCAAGGUCAACCGUUAAAAGACAAGGUCAUCAACUCUCAUAUUAUUUCGUUCACCAUUGAUCUGGAUCUCAAAGAAGUCAGCCCACCUUUGGAGAUGAACUUUAAACUACUCAAUGUUAGUGUGUUAGAAUUCAGUGUGUUAAUUUUCAGUGUGUUAGUUUCAGUGUGUUAGCUUUCAUUGUGUUAGUUUUCAGUGUUGUUUAUUUCUGUUCAUUUUUAUCGGUUGACUUUUUUUUUUACUUAUUUUUUCUGUUUACUUUGUAUUUUCUUCGUUUUUUUUUUCGAGAUACUUUUUUUUCCGUUUACGUUUCCCUUUUGAAAAUUAGCUUACACCAAAUAUUUAGACAAGGAUUUACAAGGGAAUGAAUAUGUUUGUCUUUAAUUGUUUUAUGAGAAGUUAUUUAAGUUUUUGCUCAAGACAGGGACAAAUUUAAGAUGCUAAAUGUAAAGAAAAAACAAUAAAAAAAAACAACAACUAAUCUUCCCUUUUUUUACGCGAUAUAAUAAUAUCUAAACUUAAUUUACUUCAUGCCGUUAAUCUCCCCCAUCUCUUUCUUUCUCUCUCCCUUACUGUCUUUCUUUCUCUCUCCCUGUUACUCUCUCUCUCUCUCUCUCCCUCCCUCUUCUUGUACAUUUUAUUAUGUUCCCCCAGUAUGGGAUUACCAGAUCACCCAAACAUCAGCUAAUAAGCAUUGACUUAAUUAAAUUCGUUUGUCAGUCUUUGGUAUAAUCUCUGAACUCUGUUCUCCUCAGGAUCAUUACUCCAGCCCCGUGUGUGGAUUCCUGGACCAUUCCGUAAGGUGCACUAUUUAAGUUACAUUUGUGUUGAUAUCAUGGUUGAACACGAAUGCAAGUUUUACGAAUUAAGUAUGAAUAUUUUAAAAUCAAUUUAACCUAUGAGAUUUUUUUAGAAGAAAAUAAAUAGUAAGGCUUCUCAAACUACGCAAGCAUGUGUCAGGUGAAAACAAAUUCAAGUACAUGUAUAUUUAACUACUAGCUUGAUUUAGUGAGCAGAGACGUGAGUACAAUCACAAUCAUGUUACGUUUUACUUUCAUCAACAACACUUAGUUUUAUUUUUUUCCUCUUUUAGAUCUUCUGGGGGAAGCAUACAUCAGAGGAAGCAUGCGUCAAAUGAGAAUGAGUCAUUUGAAUAGAUUUAAAUAGUUGUACGUUUCUUAAUUUCAGUGAUAUCGGUGUCUGGUCAUCCCAGGGUUGUAAUGUGGUCAAGGAGGGCCAUGGAAAGGUGACCUGUGCCUGCAAUCACUUGACAAACUUUGCUGUGCUUAUGAAUCCUUUCGUCACAAGCGUGAGUUGUCUCCCACGUCCUUUAAGUUUACCUCGCGUUUGUUCAUGUGUUUUUGGCAAAAAUCUUCAGAUGGAAAAUUGACACACUUCCUUUCAUCCUACCGAACUGAAACUUGGCACAUGCACUCUUGCCGGUGACAACUCAUGUUAUCAAAUUUUGAGCCCCACACAGACACCCACGACGUAGGUUUUUCCUGUUUUUCAAAGGGAAACUGAACGAAACAUGUUUCGUUCAACGGUUGCGUGUUUUGGUGUGGAGAUUAAUUGUGUAGCAGUUGCUAUGUUCUUUGUAUUAAUGACGUAUUUGGGGUUAAAUAUAUCUUUAGUCUAUUUGGUUUUACAUGCAAUGAGCUUGAUUGAAAAAAAACAAAAACAUUCCCGUACCAAAAAUCAUUUGCCACAAUCACAUUUACGAUAAAUCACGUACACACUUUAUACACAAUAAAUCGCACUUUAUACAAAUGCAAACGAUAAAUGCACAACUAUCACUGCUAAUAGUUCUUCAACUAUCAUUGCUGAUACUUCCACGAUUAUCACUGCCAAAAGCUCUACAACUAUGAAGGCCUACUGCUCUACAACUAUGAAGGCCUACAGCUCUACAACUAUGAAGGCCUACAGCUCUACAACUAUGAAGGCCUACAGCUCUACCAAAUAUGAAGGCCUACAGCUCUACAACUUUGGACAACCAUGAACCACACAAACAACACAAGACGCACUGCAAACUGCCUCUACCAAAAGGUCCUCUGAUGACACAAUGUAUUGCCAGUCUUAUAGCUCACAUAGAUCACUCAGCAUUUAUCUCUUCUCUUAAUAAAUAAAUGCUAAACUUGUUUCUUCCAAGCACAAUUAUCAUCAAAUUAGAUUCAAAUUUUCUCUUCAAUCUCAAGUCAUUGACAUCUGAAAAGCGUGAUAGAGCUACCAGAUGUUUUCUUAUGUAACAGACCUCUGAAAGUCAUGUCACUAUCUCAGGUGUCCUCAAGGCACCAAUAGCAUUUUACAAACAUGAUGUCACUUCUUUGUUUUUUGUCAAGCCACUCAAUGUGAAAGACAUGAUUUCACUAUCUCAUGUUUCCUCAAACCACCGAAAUUCGACAAGCAUGAUGUCACUACUUUAGCCACCGAGCCCUGACAAACAUCCUAUAGCUACCUCAGGUGUCCUCAAGCCACUGAACCCUGACAAGCGUGAUAUGGCUACCUCAGGUGUCCUCGAGCCACUGAGGCCAUUACAAGCAUGAUACCGCUAAGAAGAGAAUGAAUUAUUCCGCUCUCUAAUCUCAUGUAUCGUGAUCCAGUGCUGUCUACCAGUAUAGUGAACAAGUACAGUGUACCAGUACAGUCUUCCAGAACUGUUUACCUGCACAGUGUUCAAGUACAAUCUAUCAGUACAGUCUAGAAUUAAAUAAAAGCUGAACCCCAUAAGCCAUCUUUAAAAAAUGUAUUUCAGGAGAAAGAAUCUCUGAGCAUCAUCUCCAUCGUUGGUUGCAUCAUUUCCAUCAUCUGCCUGCUCUUCUCAGUCAUCAUACAAGCUGUUGUAUGGAAGUAAGUGAUAGAAGGGUUGGGGCGUGGGGGGGGGGGAUCCACUACUCCAUCAUCUGAAUCGUCUAAAACUGACUAAUAAUAAUAGGAAAACAUUUUUAGAAAUUUUUUUCAUAUAUAAUAUCUGAAGACAAUGAUAUACUAAAAUGAAAGCGUAAGCCAAGUACAUAGCUACGUCUUAUCUUUAAAAUGAAACAUUUUGUCAUAUUGGUUGUUCCUUUGUUUGUUUUUGUUUUAAGAAGAGUUCGAUCAUCCAUACUUGUUGCUAUGGGCCAUCUUGAAUCUACUUAAGAUUAUAUGAACCAAAAAAAAAAAAUAAGAGGAAUAAACCAUACAUUUUCCCCACAUCCCCUUUAUUUAAAUAUAAUUGUAUUCCAAGGAUUACAUCAUUUAUUAUUUUUUAAAAGCAUAGUUGUUGUUUUUUAAGAUUGUAAACUAAAGUACGAGUGUGACGUAGGAUGUAGGACAGCUUAUUGGUUCCCCGUUGGGGCGGAGCACUCUUUGUGUUAGAAAUCUUUCCGUUGUCCGGAUAUAAAGAUGAAAAUCAAUCAAUUUUCUAUCAAAACUUGAAUGGAUUUCUGAACUAUUGUGUCCUAUCAAUAUAGUAUAUCGAUACAUGUUAUGUAACUAAACCCCCCGUCCCCUCCCCCAGGUUCAUCAGCUAUAACAAAACAGUGCUGCAUCUCCGACUUCAUCUCAGUGUUUGUCUCGUUUUGGCUUACUUCAUCUUCGUCGGAGGCAUCUUUGCCAAGACACACGAGGUACUCAAACAUAACACAUUGCGUCUUGUCAUGUAGACACGUCCCUACCUUAAGUAGCUAGAAGCAGGGCCGGCGCUAGGAGGGUGCGGGACUUUAGGCAAAUUGUAUUUUACGGUGCCGUUGACUUUAUAUAAUCCGCCGAUAAGAUAAGAUUCUUUUAUAUACUUCGCAGAUAAGAUAAGAUAAGAUUCUUUUAUAUACUUCGCAGAUAAGAUAAGAUAAGAUUCUUUUAUAUACUUCGCAGAUAAGAUAAGAUAAGAUUCUUUUAUAUACUUCGCCGAUAAGAUAAGAUUCUUUUAUAUAGUCCGCAGAUAAGAUAAGAUUCUUUUAUAUACUUCGCCGAUAAGAUAAGAUAAGAUUCUUUUAUAUACUUCGCCGAUAAGAUAAGAUUCUUUUAUAUACUCCGCAGAUAAGAUAAGAUUCUUUUAUAUACUUCGCCGAUAAGAUAAGAUUCUUUUAUAUACUUCGCCGAUAAGAUAAGAUUCUUUUAUAUACUCCGCAGAUAAGAUAAGAUUCUUUUAUUGGUCCAAAUAAAUGGAAAUGUUUUUUGAUUGCAUUAUACAUCUUCAGCACAUAAAUAAAACAAUUUGAAGACAAGACAUUUAUAAUAAAUUAUCUCAAACAGCCAUUCAGUGAGUUCUCAUAGCCAUUGUUAUUAAGACACGUCAUAGUCGUACUCGAAGGGGUAGUAUGAGAGCCAGACUGACCAUCAGACGAAUUGACUACUCUAAUAACUCCGAAUAUUGUGUUGACUGGAUCAGGAACUAUUAGUAGACUUAGGUCUAUUAUAAAUACACUACGGCAACGCGCGGUCGCCCACUUCGCCAUCCCCUAGCGCCGGCCCUGCUAGAAGUCAUCGAUCGACACAGAUAUAUAAAAGUUAAAAAAAACAAAACAAAACAACUUUAUUCCUUUGGAGUAGAAAAAUCAUAUCUCAAAAGCGUCUAACAAAAACACUGGCUAUUUUGAUCUACAGCUUGCUUGUAAGGUGAUCGCCAUCGUCCUUCACUAUGUUUUCUUAGCGGCGUUCUUCAUCAUGCUCUCUGAAGGCCUGCUUCUGCUCUGGAAGUCAACAGUUGUCCUCGGGAGCAGUCUCUCGGCUAAAAAGCUACUGCUCCUGUCUUAUGGUGCGCCGUUUGUCUGUUCUACUUUUAAUCCAUCUUACUUAAGUUAUCUUACGAUUUUGAAUAUUAUUAUAAUUAUUAUUGUUUUUGUUUUUUUUAAGAAACCUCUCUUAUAAGUUUACAAUUUAUUUAUAAAUAAACACCUCGGCCUUAAAAAAAUAUUUAAUUGAUUGCUCACCUGGAUUUAACACUGCAUAAAGUGUCAAUCAUUAAUAAACAGAUGUGUUUACUUCAGGUACACCUUCCAUUAUUGUGGCCACCGCAGUUGGUGUUACCAGGACUGAAGGUUAUGGCGCAAACAAAAUGUGAGACUUUCUUUAUUAGAGAAACUUUUUAAAAAAUUGAAAAAUAAAGUUUCAAAUUAAGUCCCAUUUGUAUGUUUGGUUGGAAAAAUGCUGUUAAAUAUUAUAAAAAAGGGGAUUUACAUUCGUUCUCUAAAUAGUAAAGAGAUAGAGAGAGAGAGAGAGAGAGGGAGAGAGAGAGAGAGAGAGAGAGAGAGAGAGAGAGAGAGAGAGAGAGAGAGAUAAAAGUAUUUUCAUUGUCGAUUCUCUACAUACAAAUCGGUCUUCCUUGACUUAUUUCCCUAACAUACCUUACACUGCCUCGCCAUGUUAAGCAUGCCAUGUCUCUGAUGCUCUACAGAUGCUGGCUGUCAAUAGAUAGAGGUCUCAUCUGGGCAUUUAUUGGACCAGCCUUGUUUAUUGUUCUGGUAAUAAGGGAGAGAGUCUGUAAUCGGGAUAAGUACAAAGGAAAUGAGCGAAACAAAGUAUGGGAGAUAACCCGACCAAAAGGGGACGCAAUCAACCAACGCACGUUAAGUUAAAUUCUAGAGAUGAUAUUGUUUUGAAUAGCGUGUUUGAUUUGCUAACUUCCUGGCCUUCGAAAAGGACACACGUUUCCUGUAUGAAAGUUGAUAAGUGGUAAAAGAAUUAUGAUAUAUAACAAGUAAGUCAUGAAAUUAUUAUCAUUUUACAAUGGGGGUGUCUUUACUUGUUGGAACAAAUAAGCGCUCUGAGAUUUGAUGUGAACCAAUUUAUUUUCUUCUAUUUUUCUUAUAAAUGUCGUAGAUGUGAACGUCGUUUAACUAAACGUUCAUCCGUUACCAAAGACAAACUUUAUUGUUUGGAUCAUCUGAACUUUAUUGUUUAGGUCAUCUGAACUUUAUUGUUUAGAUCAUCUGAACUUUAUUGUUUAGAUCAUCUGAACUUUAUUGUUUGGAUCAUCUGAACUUUAUUGUUUAGGUCAUCUGAACUUUAUUGUUUAGAUCAUCUGAACUUUAUUGUUUGGAUCAUCUGAACUUUAUUGUUCUGAUAAUCCGCAGGUAAACUUCAUUGUUCUGAUAAUCGCACUGAGAAUCACAGAUACCAAGAGAAAGAACAGUCAACUGAAGACGUGUCAAAAAGCCAGGUAGUUAAUCAAGAGCUACAUGUAAAAAAAACAAACAAACAAACAAACAAACAAAAAAAACAAAACAAACAAACAAACACUCAUUUGACCGAACUCUUACACAUAGCGUCCAAAAGUUUAUAGGUUGAACAUCUUUGACUGACCCUCCAUGGCUCUAAAAAGUAAAGCUCUCGUCACUGUCCCUCCUCAGCGCUGCCAUAAGGAACACCUUGAUGAUGUGCCCACUGCUGGGCAUAACCUGGCUGUUGGCUGUGGUGUCAUGGAACCACGACACUGUAAUCAUACAAUAUAUUUUUGCAUUGCUGAAUUCAUUACAGGUAUUUUUAGUUGUUUUUUUUUUUUCAUUUCCAAAUAUUAAUUUAACUUGAAAGGAUCGCAUUGGAAUCAAAAGCUUUUAUAUUAGAUAUUUAAAUAAGUUGGUUUGCGAUUUACUAAUCAACCCGUUAUAUAUAUUAAAAAACUACUUAAGCCUGAACGCGCGUGCUCUCUCUCUCUCUCUUAGUAUUAACGGAUGUUAACGUUGACCAAGUUAUCAAAGUCCCCCAAUCUUAAUCUGUUUAUGUUAACGCAGUUAUUGAAUUCCUCCUAUCUUAAUCGAUAAUAUUAGACACAGUUAUAUUAAAUUAUCAAAUCCAUUAAUUUGUUGUUGAUCAGGAGAAUUAAGUAUUAUAGUUUUGUCCCCCUAAAAUUAAUGGUGUCACUUGAAACUUUUGAUGGACCUCUGCUGGUAACGUGAGGACAUCUAACCUUAUUUAUAAUGUCACAUCUCUUGUAUACACAAGACAGUAAGAGUGAUCUAAAUUAGGAGCAAGUAAAUAUAUUUUUUUUAGAAACACAAAUCAGGCCCCCCCCCCAAAAAAAAAAAAUAAAAAAUAAAAAAUAAAUAAAUAGGUAUUGAUUUUUAUUAUUAAGACAUGAUUGAUUAGAUAUUCCUUUUUUAAAUACUAUCAUCCAUUUUGGUCGAGUGAUUUUCUCUGGACACAUUUAACCUAUAUAAUCAAUAACUAUAUGUACGUAUGAUCAACCUUAUAAGGCUACUGUUACAGAUCAAUAUAAUGGUUUGUGGAUUUUAUCAUUUCAGGGUCUUUUUAUUUGCAUAGUGCACUGCCUGUUGUCACCUCAGGUACGGAAAUUAGACUAGUAAAAAUGAUAAAGUUACUGAAAUGUUAAUGUUACACAAAAGCCAAGGUGUGAAGUUAUGUGGUUAAAUGUUACACAAAAGCCAAGGUGAGAAGGUAUAUGGUUAAAUGUUACACAAAAGCCAAGGUGAGAAGUUGUAUGGUUAAAUGUUACACAAAAGCCAAGGUGAGAAGUUGUAUGGUUAAAUGUUACACAAAAGCCAAGGUGAGAAGUUGUAUGGUUAAAUGUUACACCAAGCCCGAAGGUGAGAAGGUAUGUGGUUAAAUGUUACACAAAAGCCAAGGUGAGAAGGUAUAUGGUUAAAUGUUACACAAAAGCCAAGGUGAGAAGUUGUAUGGUUAAAUGUUACACAAAAGCCAAGGUGAGAAGUUGUAUGGUUAAAUGUUACACCAAGCCCCAAGGUGAGAAGGUAUGUGGUUAAAUGUUACACAAAAGCCAAGGUGAGAAUGUAUAUGGUUAAAUGUUACACAAAAGCCAAGGUGAGAAGGUAUAUGGUUAAACGUUACACAAAAGCCAAGGUGAGAAGGUAUAUGGUUAAAUGUUACACAAAAGCCAAGGUGAGAAGGUAUAUGGUUAAAUGUUACACAAAAGCCAAGGUGAGAAGUUAUAUGGUUAAAUGUUACACAAAAGCCAAGGUGUGAAGUUGUAUGGUUAAAUGUUACACAAAAGCCAAGGUGUGAAGUUGUAUGGUUAAAUGUUACACAAAAGCCAAGGUGUGAAGUUGUAUGGUUAAAUGUUACACAAAAGCCAAGGUGAGAAGUUAUAUGGUUAAAUGUUACACAAAAGCCAAGGUGAGAAGGUAUAUGGUUAAAUGUUACACAAAAGCCAAGGUGAGAAGGUAUAUGGUUAAAUGUUACACAAAAGCCAAGGUGAGAAGGUAUAUGGUUAAAUGUUACACAAAAGCCAAGGUGUGAAGUUGUAUGGUUAAAUGUUACACAAAAGCCAAGGUGUGAAGUUGUAUGGUUAAAUGUUACACAAAAGCCAAGGUGUGAAGUUGUAUGGUUAAAUGUUACACAAAAGCCAAGGUGAGAAGGUAUAUGGUUAAAUGUUACACAAAAGCCAAGGUGUGAAGUUGUAUGGUUAAAUGUUACACAAAAGCCAAGGUGAGAAGGUAUAUGGUUAAAUGUUACACAAAAGCCAAGGUGAGAAGGUAUAUGGUUAAAUGUUACACAAAAGCCAAGGUGUGAAGUUGUAUGUUACACAAUCCACAAAAUAAAAAGUUGUAUAGUUAAAUGAUUGACACAUUGUAAAUGUAAAUCAAUUUUUUUUUCUUUCCGUGAUCUUUCAACUGAAGUUUAAAAAAAAAAUAUUUGGCCAAAACCAAACUUUACUGCAGCAUGAAAUGACCCUCUCUCCUCAGACGUUUAUGAGUAGAAGAGAGUGUAUGUGUGUGCUUUUGUGUGGCUGUGUGUUUUGUAGGGAUACUUUUUUAUUUAAAAAAAAGAGGAUGUCGUUAAUAGAUGUAAAAGAUUAUGGAACAAAACUGUUACAAAUAACGCUUCGUCCACAAUUUUAAUUUUUAAUUUUAAACUUGAAAAUAUUUUCGGUAAAAAUCGAAGUUAAACCCAGGCCUUCCUUAAUGGCAAUGUAUGAGUUUAUGAUGUCAGUAGUUUACAUUUCAAUCUAUAUUUUAAUAUAUUGUAUUUCAAUGUGGUAAAAUAUAGAUUUUUUCAAUUUCUCUUUUAAUAUGCUGUAUUAUUAUUAUAUUAUUACUAUUAUAUUUCAAAAUAAAUGAAGGUCCAUUUGACUAUUUUUAUAUCGUUCCUGUCAAGAUCAAAGAAGGACUCGAUGUCAUGUUAAAAGGAUUUAAAGCCAAAAGGUUCUCACACCAGCGAGGGCUGCACAAAAAUAAACAAGUAAGUGGGUCAUCAGGUUUUUAUUUCUUGUUUGGAUUCUCAGAAACAGAAUCCACGAAAUACGGAAUGAACAAACACUGGUUCUAGUUUUAUGUAAACGCGGUUACUGGAGAGGAGAACAUGUGAGGCAAACAACAUGGGAGGAAAACAUGGGAGGCAAACAUGGGAGGCAAACAUAAUCAGUAAUUUGUGAUUAGCACCUUUUUUUUUGUUUUAAACGCAUGUGGUCACUUAGUUUCUACCCUCCCUCCCGCCUUAACAUUUUAUUUCUGCGACGUGUAAGAUUACAUAACAAGGAAGACACCCAGCCCGCGACCCCCAGCAAUAGGUGCCAUCACUUUACAAUCAAAAUAGUGGAUCUAAAACAUCACUAUCAAAAGUGGAGGUUCAAAAACUGGUGCCAUGACGUCACGUCUCUUAUGGAAUUGUUGACUUCUUCUUCAAUAUAUUAAGGCCCACGAUCAAUUUAUUGAUCAUUUUGGCUCCUAUGCAUGUAGAUGGGAUUUGCAAUGUUUCUGUGCCUGGUGUUGAUGAGGAAAUUUCACUGAUUGCCAGUGCCACUUUGUGAGGGAAUCAUGCACUGGGGGUUUGAAGGCUUGAGGCAAAGGACACAAAUGUGUCUAGUGUUGUCGCCUCAACUGUUCCUUUUGAAAGCUUGAUUUUUUUUUUUAGAGCUAUAGCUCAUUAUCUCUCCCUCUCUUUCUUUCUUUCUCUCUCUCUCUCUCUAUCUAUACGAAGGGUAACAUGGGGGGGGGGGGACGUCAAUCAGGUUAGGUAGAAGGAAAUGAGGAAAACAAAACAAAGUGUGAAAGAAAACCUUAAAAGGGGACGCCCCAAAACAACGAACGUUUCGGCAAGAAGUCUUCCUCAGCGACAAAAACACUUUUUAAAAAAGAAAAGAAAAAUAACACGUCGCUGUAAUAUAAUAUCCGAGAGGAUAUCAAGAGGAAUGUGACAGAACAUAAGCAUGGGAGAGAUCGAAUAUGGGCAAAAUGAGACAGAAGACUAAGUAAAACUAUUGCGAUUGGUCAUAAGGAUGUCUCCCUCCUUGUUAUGAACAAUCGCAGUAGCCAUACUUUCUUUCGCUAAUUUCCUUAUAUAUAUAUAUAUAUAUAUAUAUAUAUAUAUAUAUAUAUGUCUCUCUCUUUGUCCCCUCUCUCUCUCUCUCUUUCUCUCUCUCUCUCUCUCUCUCUCUCUCUCUCUCUCUCUCUCUCUCUCUCUCUCUCUCUCUCUCUCUAAUAUAUAUAUAUAUAUAUAUAUAUAUAUAUAUAUAUAUAUAUAUGUCUCUCUCUUUGUCCCCUCUCUCUCUCUCUCUUUCUCUCUCUCUCUCUCUCUCUCUCUCUCUUUCUUUCUCUCUCUCUCUCUCUCUUUCUUUCUCUCUCUCUCUCUCUCUCACUCUCUUAAAAAUGAAAACUUGUUUUACACAAAAAAUAAUUAAAAAAUCCAUAACCAUACUGCUCUAUGUUCAUCGCUUUUAGGUAAGACCUUCAAACGAAGAUUCCAAUACUGGAAAUGGAAACGAUGUGUACAGUAAGUUUUGAUCUCUAAACAUUGACAGCUGCAUAUGUGAGUGUAUGUGUGAGUGUAUGGGUGAGUGAAUGCGUGUGUGCAUAAGUGACCACGUGAGUGAGGGCGCGCGCGCGUGCCUGUGUGUGUGUGUGUGUGUGGGUGUUGCAUUUUUACGCUCCAAUCAGCUUUGUUCAUUGGCAGCUCACAUCCUAGUUAUUUAUUUUUGUUUAUAUUUUUUUUUUUUAUUUUAAACCAAAUAAAAAAAUAAAUACAAAUAAGACGAACAAUUUUCUUUGGUUGAAGCAUCUCAUGUCUUUUAAUUCAUGAAUUGAUUUGUAUCCUAAACUUUGGUCAUCAGUGAGCUAGCUGGCUGCGAACUCGUAAAUCUUCGAUUGAGAAAACAUUUCAUCGCCAUUACAAUUUUGAUCAACAGGUCAGCCGAUCAAUGGACUUGAUCAAAUAACGACCCUCGCCCAUAGCAGGAGCAGGGAUCAGCUCGUUUCAAGGGGAGCAGCCCAAGAUGUGGAUGAUAACAGGAACGCUGGGAGCUCUGGGACAUCACCGGGUCCUUCACACGCCGAUGUGAGUUUUGUGGCGGGCCUAGAGGGAAACAGCCGAACGCUCCGUUGAAAAGCAACUUAGAAUGAUAGUGUCCGUUAAAACGACAUCAAAAUGACAGCUCGCAUGUUACUUCAGCCACGCGACAUCAGCUACUGCAUUCUAAAGGAAUGGCUGAGAUAGCUUACACUGGACUCAAUUUGACUUAAAUCGUGGAAUAGAUUUGACAUAAUAUUAGAAUAUAUUUGUCUUAAUACUGGAAUAGACUUGACCUAAUACUGGAAUAGAUUUGACUCAGUACGGGAAACAGAUUUGACUUAUUACAGAAGUAGAUUCGACUUAACACAAUUCCAAUCCUCACCACAACCCACGUUAAAAAUGAUGGUCUUAUCCUUUUUGGUUGCGUCUGUAAAAGAUAUCUAAGAAAUACAAACUCAUUUACGUUCUUAAAAUUUUGUUUCACUUAAACUAGCCUGCGUUGGUCUUAUCUCACGCCCGUACGACUGUGGCACUUGGCAUAGUUCUAGUGCUCCUAAGAUUUGUACUGACCUGUUUGUAAUAGUUCUAGUGCUCCUCAGAUUCGUACUGAUCUAUUUGUAAUAGUUCUAAUGUUCUUCAGAUGUGUAUUUACCUAUUUGCCAUAUAGUUCUAAUGCUCUUUUUUCAUGAAGUAAUUUAAAAUCCAUGAUUCUGCAACCGUUUUGUGUUAUUCUGAUGUUAAGAUCACAUCUAAGUGUUACAUUUGACGUACGUUUCUAUGUCCUACUGUACGUCCAGGUUCAGCCGUUACCUCCAAAAAAGAAAAGCUGGACUGCAAGUGUCAAGGAAAAAUGGCGGGCAUUGUCUAGAAGACAUAGGAAUGGUCAAAAUAAAUUUCAGGUAAAUAAUAAUAGUAAUAAAGUUUAUUUGAAAAUCACGCUUCAUCCCCAAAGGCUCGAAGCGCACUAAAUCAUAUCUAGGGAUUUACAGACUUUGAGAUUGAGACAACGCCUUUGUCAGUGAACUUUGAAAGAGAAUACACUCAGUGAGACAGGUACCCCUUCCUUGAUCAGGACACUAGAGGAAAUACGCAUUACCUCAAGUCAUGGCAAAGCUCCAAGUGUAGACUCCACCCCAGCUGAAUUCUACAAAGAAGGGGCUGCAGUUCUGCAAGGCCCCCACCAUCUGUUCCUACUAAUGUGGUAGGAAUUGACGUUCCUGCAGGAUUUUAAGAGAUACCGCUAUCGUUCACUGCGCUCUGGUGUUCUUAAAUCUAAUCCUUCUAUGCAUCUGAUGAGAUCUCGCAGAACUCAGUGAUGUGGUCAUAUUUCUUUGUCCACGAUACACUGGUUGGUUGUUACGAGUGAAAAGUUUAGCUACGAAACAAUAUCCAACUAUCCAGGAAUAACAAAUUUGGGAGAAACAUUACACAAAUGAGAAAUUGUAGAGCGAUUUCACCGCUGCCUGUCAGGCGUUUGUGAACCGGAACUACAUAUCCAAAUAUAAUUGUGUGAUUCGUAGAUAUUGUGUAUACAAUGCUCUCGUUAUUUAAAAUAUAGGGAAAAUUUGGAAAAUGGCAGGAUCAGCGAAAUAAUUUUUGAACCACAAAACUAAAAUAAAAUUUAAUAUUUUCCCCUUUUUAAAAAUACAAUGUAAGACUACUUGUCACCUGAUAAGAUUCACCUGUGUUCAAAAAAAAGUCUGUCCAUGCAAACUUUGCUUUAAAAACUACAAAUGAAAUGAUCUAUUCAUCUAUUGUGAGUUCUUCAGUGUAGCUUAAAAUGACCCAUUGAACUCGUCUUAGCCCAUUCAGUCGCCAUUAGGCUCUUGUGUUGGUUUUUUUCAAUUUUUUUUUAAAAAUUGUUAUUUGAACAUGUAAUUUAAUCUGUGAUCUUCCUUGUCAUUAAAUAUAUGAUCUUCCUUGUAGUUAAAUAUGUGAUCUUCCAUGUCAUUUAUUUAAAUCUAUGAUCUUCCAUGUAUUUAAAUAUGUGAUCUUCCGUGUAAUUAAAUGUUCGUCCUUCCAUGUAAUUAAGUCUAUGUUCCUCCACGUAAUUAACUGUAUGUCCUUCCAUGUGUUUACGUCUAUUUUUCGUGUAAUUAACUGUAUGCCCUUCCGUGUAAUUAAGUCUAUGCUCUUUCAUGUAAUUAACUGUAUGUCAUGUCCAUGUAAUUAAGUCUAUGUUCUUCCAUGUAAUUAACUGUAUGUCAUUUCCAUGUAAUUAAGUCUAUGUUCUUCCAGCAAGAAAAUGAGAGAGUAGCUGAGAUCUACGAGGAUCUUCAACCGAGCCGUCAGAUGCCAUCAGUUCGUAUCUCAGUUAUAGUUGAUAAAACGAUUUUAUAUUGUGUGUGCUAUUUAAUAUAGUGAGUUAUUUCUUUAGUAAAAACGUUGCUUUUUCCCCUCUCCUCCUGAUAACAUGAUGUUAGGGAUAAGAAAUGAAAUUUAAACAAAUUUUACACCUACGAUGUGAAGUCAAUGACUUUUAAAACGCUUAACCAUUUUAUUAUUAUUUUUUUUUUCUUUUAUAGGUGAAGAAUUUGAACUCGGCCAUGCGCUAAAAGAGUUCUUCAAACAGUAAUUAUUAAGUGAUAGAUAUUAAGGAAAACCCCGCUUCACAUGUGUGGCUAUAUUAAAAUGUGAAGCUGUUAAAUGAAGUAUGAUUGGUGCGCACGGCUAUUGCUUUCACCACAGUCCGAUCCAUUAGGGGAUCAAUUAAUAGUGCAGCAUCACACAAGUUUUACAUGUUUAGAAACCAUUUUAAUGCCACUGAUCCACCGAUCCACCACAGUGCUGUCAUAAAUGCAUUAAUGAUAUGUGUAUG